AUGCGUUUCCUUGGCUAUAGAAUUAAUCAAGCCCUCAACGGUCUUGCACACAGCGUCACGGAUGCGUAUUGGGCCACUCUCGUUCAAAUGGGACCGCCUCUGCUCCAGCUUCCCGCGGAACUCCGAAACUCCAUCUACGAACACGUCAACUUGAACGAGACUGUGGUUCUACGCUCACUCGCGGUCUUAGUCAACGAGAGGUACUUGCAUUACCUAUCCCCAAAUCUGCGGAAUUUGAAACUUGCAUGUCGCCAACUCUUCCUCGAAACACACCACCUGCCUCUCCAGCUCGCGGACCCCUCGAAAAAUCUGUCCUCAAACCUGGUUCGCCGCGAGUUCAAAUCCAAAUACAAGAUGGACUCUGUAACUGGUCUCAUCCUCCAUUUUGCCGAAUCCCGCGCCUGGUUUGGCGCAGUCACCCUCCAAUACACAUUAUCCCACAAAAAGAAUAUGAUUUUGCGGUGUCUCAUGACGCUUGCACUCGGCCAUAAACGGGCGAACCUUUUGGCGGAACUAGGAACCCACAUUGGACAAGAUAGUCAAGACAAAAAUAGUAAAACAGUACCCUCCACAGAUGAUAUACGUCAUCUACACUAA